GGCAAUGCCCGCCCGACUGCCCUAUGUGCCGGUGAUAUUGACGACAGUACAAAUCAUCCAACAAGAAAUAGCAAAAUGGAAUUUCCUCAAAUUCAAACAAAAUUCCCCGCCAAAACAAAACACAAUCAGAAUCACAAACCUCCCCGACUCCAUCUGCAGUUGAGAAUUGAGAAUUAUAAAAGAAAAACCCCAAAUCCAAAGCCCCCUUAAUAUUAAACCAAAAGCCACGCCAUCCUGUUUUAGAAGAUGGAGAAAGGCCUAGUGUCAGUGGACCGAUGGACGGAGGGAAGCCAGGUCUACUUCCUGACGCACCUGCACGCGGACCACACCCAAGGCUUGACCUCUAGAUGGGCAAGGGGUCCUCUCUUCUGCUCGAGGCUCACCUCUGAGCUUUUUCCUUCCAAGUUCUCAGACUUCGACUUCUCCCUUCUUCGCGUCAUGGAUAUCGGCGUUUGGCAUUCCAUUUCUCUUGUUUCUCCUUCAUCUGGAUCCCAGGCUGUCUUACAAGUCAUGGCCAUCGAUGCUCAUCACUGUCCUGGUGCAGUUAUGUUCCUAUUUCGGGGAGAUUUCGGUUGCAUACUCUACACCGGUGAUUUUCGCUGGGAAGCAGAGAGUAAGCAGACGAAGAUAGGGAGAACCAUGCUCCUCAAUGCUCUGGAGGAUGAUAAUGUCGACAUCCUUUACUUGGACAACACAUACUGCAACCCUUCAUUUGAUUUUCCACCUAGAGAAGUGGCUGCCAAGCAGGUUGUUGAUAUUAUUGCGUCCCAUCCAGAUCAUGACAUCAUCAUUGGCAUUGACACUUUGGGAAAAGAAGAUCUUUUACUUCACAUUUCACAGGCUCUUAAAAUUAAGAUUUGGGUUUGGCCAGAACGCUUGGAAACAAUGCAUCUUCUUGGAUUCCAUGACAUAUUCACCACUAAAACUUCUCUUACUAGAGUGCGAGCUGUUCCUCGCUACAGUUUUAGCAUUGAGACUCUGGAGGGGUUAAAUACAAUGCGACCAACAAUAGGGAUAAUGCCAUCUGGUCUUCCAUGGGUGGUGAAACCUACUAAAGGAGAUGAUAAUCUUUUUUAUUCAUUUUCAACUCAUCUUAAAAAGGGAAAAUUGAGUGAGAAAGAUGGGACCUGGACUGAUAAGCUAAAUGGAAGUGUUGUGGGAAGGUUUCAUCAAUACAUAUAUUCAGUUCCAUACUCUGAUCAUUCUUGCUUUGCAGAGAUAAAGGAGUUCAUUGAGCUUGUCCAGCCAACCAGCAUGAAAGGAAUAGUGUCUGCAUCAUCUUGUUAUACUGACCCCCUUUACUAUUUUGGCAAACUUUGUGGAGCAAACCAGCUAUCAAAGAGGUUUUGUUACAAGCUCGGAAGUAAAGAUGGAGAUGAAAGAGCUGUUGCUGUUCAAACUAAAUAUUAUUCUGGACAUUCUAGUUCCACUAAGGCAACAAGUAAAAGGAGGAGGGGAAGAAUGAACUGGGUAAUGGCAGUAAGAAGAGCACACCGUGGUGCCAAAAUUGAAGAAAAUGACUCUUCUGAUUGAUUUGUUCAGUUUUGCCAUUAGGGUACCCAGACAAUUUGGGAGUAGUGUUGCAUAUAUUACUUGUAAUUGAAUAUACUAUUUCAAAACUCUGAAGUGUACAUUGAAAUUUAUGAAGCAUGGCAUUUUAUUGUUGUUGAA